GCCAUCUUGGACCCGGCCGGGGCCGCUUCCGCCGAGCCAGCGAAGCCGCGGGAGGCGCCGGAGCCUCCUCGUCGGUCCGACUGUCGCCAUCCAGGCGGGGGGGGGGCCGCGUCCCCUGUCCCCCGUCCCCGUCGGGGCCGUCGCGGGCGUCCGGCUGGCGCCGCCGGAUCCUGUGCGUCCGGCUCCGGGAGUAUGAAGACGGCUCCACUUUAGGGCAGAAACAUGGCGGACAAGCGCAAACUUCAAGGAGAGAUCGACCGCUGCCUCAAGAAAGUGUCCGAGGGCGUCGAGCAGUUUGAGGAUAUCUGGCAGAAGCUCCACAAUGCGGCCAACGCCAACCAGAAAGAGAAGUAUGAGGCAGACCUGAAGAAGGAAAUCAAGAAGCUCCAGCGACUGAGGGACCAGAUCAAGACAUGGGUGGCUUCCAAUGAGAUCAAGGACAAACGGCAGCUCAUCGACAACCGCAAGCUCAUUGAGACGCAAAUGGAGAGGUUCAAGGUGGUGGAGCGGGAGACCAAGACCAAAGCGUACAGCAAGGAGGGGCUGGGGCUGGCCCAGAAGGUGGACCCUGCCCAGAAGGAGAAAGAAGAGGUCGGCCAAUGGCUCACGAACACCAUCGACACCCUCAACAUGCAGGUGGACCAGUUUGAAAGCGAAGUGGAGUCGCUGUCCGUGCAGACCCGCAAGAAGAAGGGGGACAAGGAUAAGCAGGACCGGAUCGAGGGGCUGAAGCGGCACAUCGAGAAGCACCGCUACCACGUGCGAAUGCUGGAGACCAUCCUGCGCAUGCUGGACAACGACUCCAUCCUCGUCGACUCGAUCCGCAAGAUCAAGGACGACGUGGAGUACUACGUGGACUCCUCCCAGGACCCCGACUUCGAGGAGAACGAGUUCCUCUACGACGACCUCGACCUCGAGGACAUUCCACAGGCGCUGGUCGCCACCUCCCCCCCAAGCCACAGCCACAUGGAGGAUGAGAUCUUCAACCAAUCAAGCAGCACGCCCACCUCCACUACCUCCAGCUCCCCCAUCCCCCCCAGCCCUGCCAACUGCACCACGGAAAACUCCGAAGACGAUAAGAAGAGGGGCCGGUCGACGGACAGUGAAGUGAGCCAGUCUCCGGCCAAGAACGGCUCCAAGCCCGUCCACAGCAACCACCACCCGCAGUCCCCAGCUGUGCCACCCAGCUACCCGCCCGGCCCCACCCCCGCCGCCCCCGCCCUGGGCAACGGACCGGGCAGCAACGGGGCCCCCGCCCCCUCCGGGGCGCCGGGCCCCAAGGCCAACCCGGCCCCGGGCCACAGCGCCGGCACCCCCACCCCCUACGCCCAGGCCGUGGCCCCUCCGGCCCCCAGCGCGGGCUCCGUCCAGCCCCGACCCCCCAGCGUCCAGCCUGGCGGCGGCGCCAAGCAAAACGGGGCCACCAGUUACAGCUCGGUGGUGGCGGACAGCACGGCAGACGCGGUCCUCAGUAGCAGCGGCGGAGGGAGCAAUAGCGGCCAAGCGCUGGGCCCCCUGACUGGCCCCCACAACCCCCCGCCAAAUGCCACGAAGGAGGCAGGCGGGGUGGCCCCAGCUGGGGGCGGAGGGGGCGGAGGUGCCGGUGUGAGCGCGGGAGGGCCCAGCCUGCUGGUGCCCCUGCCCGUCAACCCACCCAGCUCGCCCACCCCCAGCUUCAGCGAACCCAAGGCCUCUACGAACCUCAACGGCCCCCCGCAGUUCAGCGCUGCCCCCGACAGCAAGGCCCCCGAGCCCUUGAGUAGCCUGAAGUCGAUGGCAGAGCGGGCGGCCAUAGGGUCGGGCAUCGAGGAUCCGGUCCCGGCCCUGCACCUAGCAGAGAGGGACAUCAUCCUGAGCACCACGGCGGCGCCCCCGGCCUCUACCCAGCCCCCCUUGCAGCUGUCGGAGGUGAACAUCCCCCUGUCGCUCGGCGUGUGCCCGCUGGGGCCCGUGCCCCUGACGAAGGAGCAGCUGUACCAGCAGGCCAUGGAGGAGGCCGCCUGGCACCACAUGCCCCACCCGUCCGACUCGGAGCGGAUCCGGCAGUACCUCCCUCGGAACCCCUGCCCCACCCCCCCAUACCAUCACCAGAUGCCGCCGCCCCACUCGGACACCGUGGAGUUCUACCAGCGCCUGUCGACCGAGACCCUGUUCUUCAUCUUCUACUAUCUGGAGGGCACCAAGGCCCAGUACCUGGCAGCUAAAGCUCUGAAGAAACAGUCGUGGCGCUUCCACACCAAGUACAUGAUGUGGUUCCAGAGACACGAGGAGCCCAAGACGAUCACGGACGAAUUUGAGCAGGGCACCUACAUCUACUUUGAUUACGAAAAGUGGGGGCAGCGCAAGAAGGAAGGCUUCACCUUUGAAUACAGAUACCUGGAAGACCGGGACCUGCAGUGACCCGCAGCGAACGGCGCUGCCCUUGACCCCGGCCCCUGGCCCGCAUGCCGCCCUCUAGGUCAGGGCCCUGGGAGAGGGGGCCCUUCUGCCUGGCUCCCGCCUCCCCUCCCCUCCCCCUUGUCAUCUCUCCCUCGCGCCCAGGGGGUGGGGGGGACCCUGAGGGAAGCCAGGCUCCCCCCCUCCUGGCCCCCUCCUCCUCUCAGGGAGGAGGGGCGAUUUUCGUAAAACCUAUUUUCAUUUUGGAAAAUAUUUAUGAAUAAAUAGUUUUAUACGACGUCUUCCGAGCCGCGCGGCCAGCACGCAGACCCCCA